GAAACGAUCGAAGAAAAAAUCUACAUAAAGAUAAAAGAGCAAUUACAAAUGAAAGACCAUCUUAUUUUAAAAGAAACUUUUGUUGAAAAGCUGAAUAAGAUAUUUGAAACAGACUACAAAAAAAUUGAAGCAAAAAUUUUUAAUGAGACAAUUACCAUCGGAGAUAGUCAGACAGAAGAAGAAAGAUUCGCCUUUUUUGUACGACAUGCGCUCUUAAAUUUUAUCGCAAAUUUCAAAUAUAGAUUGCCAAAAGUCCUUGAUCGUAAUAUGUCUGAAAGAACAUUUAUAGUUGAAUGUAUUUCACCUAUCUUUAGAGCAUUCCGGAAUGCAUUCCCCGAUAUCAAAUAUAAAUGGAUCGAAAAAAAUGUUACUUCGAUAAAAGAAGCAAACAAUAUAUUUCAAGAUGAUAUCUGUUCAAGAAAAACAGAUUUACUCGUCGUAUAUUUAUCAGAUGGAGUAGAAAUAAUAAGCACAGAAGUUUCAGUUGGUGAUGUCAAAAAGUUAUUAAUGAUGUCUGUCUGUAGUCUUUGCCGAAUAUUUGGCAAUAAUUUAGAUUGUAGUAUCGAUGAUACUAAAGGAAUAAGGACCUAUAGUAUCCAGAUUAUUGGUGACC